AUGCAAAACGCUCCCGCCAACCCGGUCAAAUCCAUCUGGAGCAGUGCAGAGAACACCAUGAGCCCUUUUGGUUUCUUUUCGCACGAGGUAACGCGUGAGGGUUCGUCUGAUACACUCUACAGUAACGGCAGCAGCAAGAGCAGCACUCCAUCCAUUGAGCAGGUGCCUGUACCUUUCAAUGCUCAUGGUAACGGAGAUGGAUUGUCCAAUGGGAAAUCCAUCUGGAAUCCAAUCACUUGCGACUUGGAUUUCCUAAACAUGUCACCUACCAUGAUGCCCUUGUCAGCCGAGCCUAUUCUGGACCCAUACGGUGAUGCCAGCAUGCUGAGGAAUACCUCGAUGGAUCACCAGCUGAUGGGUGACGAUGACUUGUCGUACGGCAGGAACGGGAGGCUUCUGCCUGCAGCCCAGGAAAAGAACACUGCGGCCAAUCUUUUCUUUUUGGUGGACAAGAUUGUCCGGACCAAUGACCAGCCUGCGUCUCUUCUUUUACAGCAAAAACUAAAGACGGGGAACGCAGAGGUCAAGGCUAUGAUCUUUGAUGCUAUCCUUGGUCAAGCCCUCAGCUUGAUGAAGAACCGGUUUGGAAAUUUUUUGAUGCAGAGGGCCCUUGAAUUUGGAACUCCUCAGCAAGUUCGUAUCCUGGGACAAACCAUGCGAGGCAACGUCUUGAACCUCGCUUGUGACCGAUUCGGAUGCCACGUUGUUCAGAAAGCCCUCGACACAGUCGAAGAGGACCUGAAAGCCUCGCUUAUUUCCGAGCUUUUCCGCUGCAUUCGCGAGACCAUAACCCACCGGUUUGCCUGCCACGUUUGGCAGCGUAUCUUUCAGAUCAAGUGGAGCGCCGAGCCACCUGCUGUCAUGCAUUACCUGGAUUCAUCCCUCAAAGGGCAGUGGCACACCAUUGCCAAUGAUGAAAAUGGCAGUUUAGUCGUACAAUGCAUUUUUGAGAACUGCUCCCAAAAGGAAAAGGGCCCCAUCUUGUGUGAAGUUCUCGCGAGAACGGUUGAGGUUGCGAGAGGGCAAUGGGGCAACUGGGUCAUUCAGCAUAUACUCGAGCACGGGGCACCGGUCGAUAAGAAUUAUGUCAUGAAGGUCUUGAUUCAAAACUUUUAUCCAAUGGCUAUCGACCAAUACGCCAGCAAAGUCGUCGAGAAAGGUCUUAAAUUGGCCCCAAAGCGUGAGAUGUACGAAAUGAUCGAGACCGUCCUCACUCCAAGUGUCCGCGAUGGCCGCCCAGCCAUUCUUGAAAUGAUGAACAAUCAAUUCGCCAAUUAUGUCGUCCAGCACAUUCUCAGUCUUGCCGACCCGCUACAGAAAGACAUGUGCAUCCGUCUCCUUCUUCCCCAUAUAUCGACGCUUCGCAACUCAAAAUACGGCCAGCGUGUUGCGGCUAUUGUCGAGAAACACUUGAGAAACAGUCAUCACAAAUACGGAGUUACUGCUACGGGACUUUUGCCCUCCAUGCCAAUUGGUCUUGGUACCGCUCACGCCCUUGGGCUGCGCGGAUAA